AUGGCCCAUAUGCCUCCUCCACCGCCGCCACAAACUCUCAACCACCCAAUUAGGAUAUCUACGCCCUCCCAUCAUGACUCCGAUUCCGAUUCCGAUUCCGACCCUGACUCGGACGUUGCUACACCCUCUGCACUCUCCCCUUCGACACCUCGUCGUAUCACGUCGGACCCGAGCAAAGGAAUAUCUGAGCGCCUCCUCGAUCAGUUACGAUCAACUAUUGAAGGAUAUCCCUCCUUCGCCAACUACUGCUGCGGAGGCAACAUCCCCGUUACUUCCUCCUCUCGAAAUUCCCGGUCCCCACAAGAUCCUUCGAAGGCACCUAUAACCGCAUCACCAGUUACCUUACGCUUUGAUACCAUCUCUGGCAAUGUGUCCAAAUUGACUUUUCCUCCCGAGCCCGAAGACGAGAAAGGGAAAGGCAAGAAAAAAGUAGAGAUAGAGGACUUGCUUGGCUCCUGUACGCCAGAUAUAUCCGGAGAUGAGAAGCCCGGUAGAGGUACACGCGUUAGAGGCAGGAGAAGUUCCGCAAAGUUAGGGAAGGAGAAGCUUUCAGUAGAUGUCCACCCAAGCGAUCUUGGGAUCAUUGAUACCAUCAAACAGAUCCUGCUGCCAAGGGCUGGAUCACCGAGUAGUAAUGAUAAUUCACCGUCAGGAGGAAAGGGUAACUGGGAUGGAGGGGGAAACCAGAACUGGAAAGAGAGAAAAGAACAUUGGGGUGUUCGAGCGGAAUUGUGUGAGCUUAGUGCAUAUUUCAGCUCAUCCAGCAACACACAAACGCCGUUUGAAACACUUCCAAAAUGGGGGUCACAUUUUGCUACUCUAGUUAUUUGUUUACCAUAUGCCCACCAAGGUGGCGGCCAGCUCAUCACCCAUAAAGAUCCUGUUACAAACAAGACCCAUAGCACGUUAUUCCCCACCUCCUCCAUCAACCCAACCAUCACCUGGGCAGCUUUCCCACGCACCACUUCUCACUCUAUCCUCCCUAUUACGUGCGGGCACCUUAUAACUCUUACCUACAACCUCUACAUUACCGAAGCCAUCGGGGGGAUCAUGCAACGCUACCCUAUUGCGGACCCGAGAUUAUCUCCUCUUUUCAAAAUAGGGAAGGGAAUGCUUGAAAAUCCUGAUUUCUUACCAGAAGGUGGUGUCUUAGCUCAAUAUUGCGUCCAUCGCUAUUCGCAUACAAGCAAAAGCACCCAAAACUUAAUGCCAUACUCCCUUCUUGGCAUCGACGCAACCGUCUUUUGCGUGUUCCGCACUCUAGGCCUCAACACCUAUGUUGGGCCUAUACUAGGAGAUGAGGCGUGGGACGAGUGGCAGCAGGUUAAAGAGGAGAGACUGUUUAGUAAGAUUUAUCGUGAUAAUGAUGAAGAUAUGGAUGUUGAGGAGGGAGAGGAUGAAGAUGAUGAAGAAGAGGGAGAAGUAAUGAGGCUCGGGAUGAAGUGGCACCGGUUGAGGAUGGUUGGUGGUAAUGGUGGUGGUGCUGUUGGCGGUAAUUUGGGGAAAGGAGAGGGCAAACCAACCCAGAAGAGUGGUGAAGGCGGUGUCUUUAGGGUCGGCGUUGACCCUUCAAGCUUCAUCAACAAGCACUACCCACUUCACCUCCUACGCAAUGUCAUAUAUCUCAACGAAUCCUCAGAUCAUGGAUGGGAGAUCGCCAUGGCGAACUUAAAACUCAACCCAAAUCCCAGCCACUCCUCCGCUAAGAAACGGAUGGGUCAAAAACAGCAGGAAGAUGGGGAAGACGAAGACGAAGACGAAACCGGGGAUGAAAAGGAGGAUAUGGAGUUAAUGUGGCAGUAUUCACAUGCGGUUAUUCUCAUCGAGGUCCCAGCGAUGGGCCAAAAGGGGCGGAGUCGAGGCAGCCCGGUACUAAAUAUUUGA